CUAAAGGUGCCAUAAAUUUAUUAGAAAAGCUUAACAUUGAUAAACCAGAAGACCAUGUCGAUAUUGAUAUACCUAACCUUAUUGCUGCCGGAGAAAUCACUAGCUAUUCUAUUCAUCCGCAAAUCGUUGUGCAGUUUAAAGGUGUGAAUGAUCUGUCAGAUGUUUCGCCCGAGUGGGGGAUAGGUAAAACUUAUCCUUUAAUGAAUUCUACCUUACGUUUUCUUGGAUAUGAUCCAAAUCAACCAGAUUCAUAG